AUGUAUAUCAUCAAGCCUUCGUGGCUGCGGCAUAGCGGAGAGCAGAAGGACUUUGAGGUGUACAGCUGCCACAUCUCUCCCGACGGCACCCGGCUUGCUACUGCUGGAGGAGCAGAUGGUCACGUUAGGGUCUGGUCGACCGAGUCCAUCUACAACGCUGGCGAUCCGAGCUACACGAAGCCGCGGCAGCUCUGUCACAUGAGCCACCACUUGGGCACGAUACAUUCAGUUCGCUUUUCGCCAAAUGGCCGAUAUCUCGCUUCAGGUGCCGACGAUAGGGUCAUCUGCAUCUACAAGCUCGACAGCAAUCCGCCUUCGCAUGCUGCGACAUUUGGCACGAACGAGCCUCCUCCGGUAGAGAACUGGAAGACACACAAGCGCCUCGUCGGCCACGACAGCGACGUCCAGGACCUCGCAUGGUCAUACGACAACUCGAUCCUGGUCUCCGUGGGACUGGAUUCCAAAGUGGUGGUUUGGUCAGGGCACACAUUUGAAAAGCUCAAAACGAUCGCCGUCCACCAGAGCCAUGUCAAGGGAAUUACGUUUGAUCCGGCGAACAAGUUCUUCGCUACUGCGGGCGACGACCGGCAUAUCAAGAUCUUCCGUUUCACGCCUCCGCCACCGAAUGCGACUCAGCAUGACAUGGUCAACAAUUUCGUCCUCGAGACCACCAUCACCGCGCCGUUCAAGAGCUCGCCGCUCACAACAUACUUCCGAAGGUGUAGUUGGUCACCGGACGGUAACCACAUUGCAGCGGCCAACGCAGUAAACGGUCCCGUGAGCAGCGUUGCUAUCAUCGAACGCUCGAGAUGGGAUAGUGAGAUUAAUCUGAUUGGCCAUGAGGGUCCGACCGAAGUCUGCAUGUUCUCCCCACGGCUGUUUCAUACGCAGAAGCCUACCGAGAACGGCACGUCGGGCGACCGUGGUUCUUCCGGCCAACUUGUGACGGUCAUUGCGUCUGCUGGACAGGACAAGACUCUCAGCAUAUGGAACACCAACACCUCCAGGCCGGUGGUCAUUGUACAGGAUGUGGCGUCGAGAUCCAUCUCCGACCUCGCCUGGACUCCUGAUGGUCAGACGCUGUUUGCCUCGAGCCUGGACGGCUCCAUCAUCGCCGUCCAGUUCGAGACAGGCGAGCUUGGCUGGGUCGCGAAAUCGGAGGAAAAUGACAAGGCGCUGCAAAAGUAUGGCGCGGCAAGAAAAGGAAUGGGGAUAGCCGAGGACGUUGAUGGUUUGCACCUCGAGAACCACAGCAAAGAGGGGGAGCUGCGUGGCGCUGAAUCAAGGAUGGGGGCCUUGAUGGGCGACUUUCAGCCUGCCAGCAAAGGCGAAGCUAGUACGGCGAAUGGCGUGAAAUCAGCGACUAAGAAUGGCGAAGCAAACGGUAUUGCAGAGCCGAAAACGGGUAAAGAAACACACAAAGCAGUUCCGGCUGAGGAGGGCGCAGAGAAGGCUGCUGAACGGAUAGCCGAGCUGAAAGCGCGGGUCCAGGUCACAAAGGACGGCAAGAAAAGGGUUGCCCCUUUACUUGUCUCGUCAUCUGAUACCGGCAUGCUAUCACUACCUCAGUCACAGCUGGUCGGAGCCCAGUCAACAAAGACGACACAGAACGAUGCUCCGCAGGCGAUACUGGACCUGUCUAAGCCGUUUCACGGCUUGCCCAGGGGCGGAAUUGCAGCAAUGCUACUUGGGAAUAAGAGAAAAGCGGUGGCAAUGGAGGGUGAGGAGGAAGAGCCAGCAAACAAGCGGCCAGCGAACGGCCCCAUACCGAUCAUGGCUGACACAGUUGACGGUUUGGAACCCGCGCCGCUGACAGCCGCUCCUCAGGGCGUCGUCCCGACUCCCGAGUUCCUUCGACCAGCCGCCCUAAAUCCCGCCAUCUCUUUCUCCCAAGUAAGGCUAGCCGUUCCCAAGGUUCGAUCACAUAUCCUCAGACCGCUUGAACGGGGUGUUCUCCAAGGUGAAGCUACUUUUGAAGAGGCGUCAAAGGUACCGGAAAACAUAAUUCUCGAGGCCAAAAAUCCCGUUAAACCCCGUGAGCCCUCACAUAUUACUGCUAGCAAACGUGGCACCCUUCUAUGGCAGGACUUCCUUCCGCGAGCUAUUAUCCUCGUCACCGGGAACAAGCAUUUUUGGGCCGCUGCAUGCGAGGACGGGACUAUUCAUACUUGGACGCCGGCUGGCCGGAGGCUUUUAAACAGUAUCAUUCUGGAAUCUCAGCCAGUCAUUCUCGAGUCCCGAGAGCACUGGCUACUAUGCAUUACUGCGGUCGGACUAUGCCACGUCUUCAACAUCAAGACCAUGUCAGCACCGCAUCCCCCGGUAUCUCUAGCACCAAUUCUAGAUAUCGCCACCACUUCGCUUUCCCCGGAGGGCGCAACAACCGCACCCGGCGUCACCUCUGCCCAUCUCAACAGCGUCGGGGCGAUCGUUGUCACGCUCAGUAACGGCGAUGGCUUCUACUAUUCCUCGAGCAUGUAUGCCUGGCAGCGCCUAUCAGAGUCCUGGUGGGCCGUUGGCAGCCAGUACUGGAAUAGCAACGACUCGUCCAUCAGCGCGCUGUCGUCCACGGCCGUUGGCCCUGUGUCUGCCAAGAACGGCGAGAAGAGCGGAGAGGUCAGCGUAUCGGCAGGAAUCAUCCCUUUCCUGGAGCGGCAUACCACGACCGAGUUCCUGGCCAAGGGCCGCGCCUUCACGCUGCAGCGCUUGAUUAAGACGCUGCUGUCCAAGGACGGAUUCGAGGGUUUUGAGAGCACAGUCAGCGUGGCGCACCUCGAGAACCGCAUCGCCGGGGCCCUGGCUCUGGGGUCAAAGGAGGAGUUCAGGCUGUACCUCUUCAUGUACGCCAAGCGGAUUGGCGCUGAGGGUCUCCGGUUCAAGGUCGAAGAACUGCUGAAUAGCUUGGUAGGCGGUGUCUUGCAGGACAAAGCGGGCGAUUUGAAGGCUGGUGAGGGCAAGGGCUGGUUCAGUAAGGAGGACACGUUAUGCGGCUGGGAACGGAAGGAGCUCUUGAAGGGUGUGGUCCUAAUCCUGGGCAAAUUCCGGGACCUCCAGAGGUUGACCGUCCAAUACGCCAGGAUUCUUGGAUUGACGUCAGAUGGAGAGGACGGCGAGAAUGGCAAUGAGGGUAUGGAGUUGGAGGAGUAG